ACUGAAGUGCAACUGUACUUCACUGCCUGGGAAGCCUGUCCGGUGCCAACAAGACUUUUCAUUGCCUUAUUCUGUCCUCAUAGCACGGUUACUGUAAUGUAAUCAUUACCUGGGUUCUGGAGAGCGAAGGUGCUCCUGCUAAGCAAAUAUUUACAAACACUGCUGAGAGCUGACUUUCAGGAAAGGAAGAGAGGAAUACCCUUUAAAACCUUGUUUCUCUGAUUUAAUUUAACAGAGAAAAUUGUUUGACUUUGAGAGCACAAAAUCCAAGGAGCAGCUCCCCUUCUUCAGACUGACUUGAGGUGUAGCCAGAAGGUGCCAUCAUGUGAAUGGCAAGCGGCUAGCUGAGGAAUAGACUCCAGGUGGGAUUCCCCGGCUUCACACACAGCACGCAGGAUGGCUGACUGAUUUGGGCUUGGAAACAAAGGCGAUUAUAAGCACACCGUCCUCUCUAGGACUUGGCUGAGAGAGAGGAGUGGCGGAGGGGGCAGCAGACGGAGGAGCGAUGGGAAUUGAGGACCAUGGUUACUUGAGAUAAAUGGCAGAUCCCUGGGAGUCUAGUCUAGAAGCUGCUCGCUUUAGUUUUCCCUCGCUCUGCAGCCACUGUUUCUUGUUCGCGAGCUGCCGCUGGGUGCUGCCACGGUGGCGCUGGAGAUCUCCAGGACGACUUGAGUGCAAAGCUUGAGGAGGGGGUGGGCCGCCCGCCUCACCAUGAUUCAGCUGUGGAAAGUGGUGCGGCACGUGCGACAGCUGGAGCUCCACAGAUUGAUCCUGGUGCUCAUUGCCUUCAGCCUGAUCUCCAUGUGCUUCCUGGCCUACUAUGUUACCAACAGCCCCAAAAUCAAGGAGCCACUGCCCCUGCCCUUCAGCGACUGCAGCAACCAGCACAGGGUCCCAAUCCCACCCCAGGCCAGUUGGAGGCUCACCAAAUCCGUUGACACCUCGCGCACUGAGCCUGUGGUGCUAGUCUUUGUGGAAAGCAUUUACUCCCAGCUGGGGCAGGAAAUUGUGGCCAUCCUGGAAUCCAGCCGGUUUAAAUAUAGGACAGAGAUUGCCCCUGGCAAGGGGGAUAUGCCCACCCUGACAGACAAGGACAGGGGCCGCUAUGCUCUUAUCAUCUAUGAGAAUGUCCUUAAAUAUGUGAACCUAGAUGCUUGGAACCGGGAGCUGUUGGACAAAUACUGUGUGGAGUAUGGAGUGGGGAUUAUAGGGUUCUUCAAAGCCAAUGAGAACAGCUUGCUCAGUGCUCAGCUCAAGGGAUUCCCCCUCUUCCUACACUCUAACCUAGGGCUCCGGGACUAUCACAUCAACCCCAGUGCCCCUCUGCUCUACAUCACUCGGGCCAACGAGGUGGAGCAGGGUCCCCUGCCUGGUGACGACUGGACUGUGUUCCAAUCAAACCACAGCACCUAUGAGCCUGUGCUCUUGGCCAGCACAAAGUCUUCAGAAUCCAUUCCUCAUCUGGCCACCCACAAAGCACUGCAUGCCACUGUCGUGCAGGACCUGGGUCUGCAUGACAGGAUCCAGCGGGUCCUCUUUGGAAAUAACCUCAACUUCUGGCUGCACAAACUUGUUUUUGUGGACGCCAUUGCUUACCUGACUGGCAAGCGCCUCUGCCUCACUCUUGACCGCUACAUCCUCGUGGACAUCGAUGACAUAUUUGUGGGCAAAGAGGGCACUCGCAUGAAGGUGUCUGAUGUGGAGGCUCUCCUGAACACUCAGAACAAGCUGAGAACGUUAGUCCCCAAUUUCACUUUCAACUUGGGCUUCUCUGGGAAAUUCUACCACACAGGUACAGAUGAGGAAGAUGAAGGUGAUGACAUGCUACUUAAACACAGGAAGGAGUUCUGGUGGUUCCCGCACAUGUGGAGUCACAUGCAGCCUCACCUCUUCCACAACGUCACCGUGUUGGCUGAGCAAAUGAAGCUCAACAAGCAAUUUGCGCUGGAACAUGGGAUCCCAACGGACUUGGGCUAUGCUGUGGCCCCCCAUCAUUCUGGAGUUUAUCCCAUCCAUGCACAGCUCUAUGAGGCCUGGAAAUCCGUCUGGGGCAUCCAGGUGACCAGCACUGAGGAGUAUCCCCACCUGCGGCCCGCCCGGUACCGGCGAGGGUUCAUCCAUAACAGCAUCAUGGUGCUGCCUCGACAGACGUGUGGGCUUUUUACUCACACCAUCUUCUACAACGAAUAUCCUGGGGGCUCCAAGGAGUUGGACAAAAGCAUUCGGGGUGGUGAACUCUUCCUGACUGUGCUUCUGAACCCAAUCAGCAUCUUCAUGACACACCUGUCUAACUAUGGGAAUGACCGGCUGGGGCUGUACACUUUUGAGAGCCUGGUCAAGUUUGUGCAGUGCUGGACCAACCUUCGCCUGCAGACUCUGCCUCCUGUCCAGCUAGCAAAGAAGUACUUUGAAAUCUUUCCCCAGGAGAAGAACCCACUGUGGCAGAAUCCCUGUGAUGAUAAGAGGCACAAGGAUAUCUGGUCCAAAGAGAAAACAUGUGACCGGCUCCCCAAAUUCCUUGUCGUUGGACCCCAGAAAACUGGCACAACAGCUGUGCACUUCUUCCUGACCAUGCACCCAGCGGUCACUAGUAAUUUCCCGAGUCCAGCCACCUUCGAAGAGAUCCAGUUCUUCAAUGGGCCCAACUAUCAUAAAGGAAUUGACUGGUACAUGGAAUUCUUCCCCAUCCCCUCCAACGCCAGCACAGACUUCAUGUUUGAGAAAAGUGCCAAUUACUUUGAUACAGAGGUGGUACCGAAGCGUGGCGCGGCCCUGCUUCCACGAGCCAAAAUCAUCUCCAUUCUGAUCAACCCGGCCAUCCGAGCCUACUCCUGGUACCAGCACCAGCGCGCUCAUAGCGACCCUGUGGCUCUCAAUUACACCUUCUACCAGGUGAUUACUGCCAAGUCCCAGGCCCACCUGGAGCUGCGCAACCUGCAGAGCCGAUGCCUACUCCCUGGAAUGUAUUCGACUCACCUGGAACGAUGGCUGACGUAUUACCCCUCUGGGCAGAUUCUGAUUGUGGAUGGCCAGGAGCUCCGGCACAGCCCUGCUUCCAUCAUGGAGAACAUCCAGAAGUUUCUGGGGGUGACACCACUCUUCAACUACACCCAGGCCCUCAAGUUUGAUGAAGCAAAAGGAUUUUGGUGCCAGGUGCUAGACGGAGGGAAGACUAAAUGCUUGGGAAAGAGUAAAGGAAGGAAGUACCCUGACAUGGAUUCCUCGUCUCGGCUGUUCCUCACAGACUUCUAUCGGGAGUACAACAUCGAGUUAUCCAAGCUGAUGAACAGACUUGGGCAGCCCCUUCCCACGUGGCUCCGCGAGGAACUGCAGAAUUCCAGCUGGAGCUGAGGUGGCAGUCCCUGCCCCGGAGCUGCGGGAUGCAUGGUGCUGUCUAUCCAUGGGUAUAAAAGCCAGGUGGAAAAUACACUAUGAUGGCAUCUCUUGUCAGUCAAAAAACUAGAGAAAAGAGCAGCAGCCAGGAUCUUGGGAUUGUGACAGGAGCCCUUCCCCCUCCCACUGCUGCCCAGGAUGUGUCAUUGCAGGGGGUCCAGCGAGACUGUUGCACCCAGUGCGAAUCAAGCCCCUAAAUAUUAAUGGUUUGUUACAAAACUUUGGUAAGAAAGACACAAAGAAAAGGAAAUUGCACAAAGUGUAGCGGCUGCUCCAGGAGGACUGUGAUCCCAGGGAACAUCCGUGGGCUUCCCUCCCCCCCACCCAGAGGAGAGCAUGCUAACCCUUUAAAGACUGGGAUUUUUCAGACUCCUAUAAUACUACUGUCUGAAAUGCUCAGUACCUAGAGGGUUAACGUCUUCCAGUUGUGACAGGUUUGGGUGCAGCACCUGGCCUUUGUUGUUGAUAGCAAGGUGGUAAUUGCACUUUUGUACCAGGAAGAGCCGCUGCAGCCCCAAGAGGGGGGAAUCGGGAGAACCCCAGCUUUGGGGAGCAGUUUUAAUGCCAGUCAUGAAAGGCAACAUUCCCUCUUCCGCCUUGCAUGUGGAGUUUGUUCUUCAGAGACGGGUCCUGCUGUUGGCCACCUGUGUGGCUCCCCUCAGCUGAGGCUCCCUGCUCAGAGAGGGGGGUGAUGUAAAGUGGACUGCCUGGCUCUGCCUGCAGCUGUGCCCUUGGGAUAGUGUGUCCAGGGAGCUAGGUGAAGGGGCAGAGGCUUGCAGAAGUUGUCAUAAAGAAUCUGUCUGUUGUCUUCCAGAGGGAGGGGAAUAGAGGUUGCCAGAUAUGUCCUCUACCACCUCCUGGGAAUGGGCUUGAUGAGUUAGCCUAAGGCCCCUGGUUGGAAAGGCUCUAAGCGGUGCUGCUGUUUCUGAAUACAACUGAGGAUCGUGUCCUGGCGGCUGCUUCCUCUCUUACAUAUUUCCCAGGCAUUACUGAUACCAGGCAGACUGGUCCAGUUCUUUUCUGGGGCUGCAUCAGCAUCCACGUGAUGGCAGGUGCCAGAAGAUACCAGGCCGCAAAGCUAGUUUCUUCAGUGGACAUCAGUGAGAGAGGAAUUAAGUCAAACAGGAACAUCCUCUGACUAGCACUUAGUUAUCUAUCCGAUCCCUUCAACAGAUCUGGCGCCCGAGGAUGUCAUCUGCGCAAAAGCUGAGGAGGAGCAAUCUAGGCAAGAUCCAGGGCACUCAGAGCAGAGCUUGUUGAUCCUCCCUCAGUGCAAAAGAACAAGGCCCUGGUCCUUGUGAAUUGAAAGGGAAGAGACGCUCUCACCCCUGUACCAAGCCAGAUAGCUUAGUGAGAGUAAAAGCAGCUCCGCUGCCAAGGGGCUGGGGCUUCUAUUGCGGAGACAAUUGUCCAACUGCAUUGGGGGGGUUUUGAGGUUGGCAAGGGAAUACCCAGAGUACUAGGCUUUAGCAGGGUACUAAUUAUGACUAGAAUUUGGAAGAGCUAGUCCCUGCAUGUUUGCCUCUGCCGCUGUCUGGAGUGGUUGUUUUCUUUCUCACUGAGCCAUGGGCAUCUAAAUUCCAACUUCCCCCAUCUCGCUGCAUGGAGGAGAGUGGCUCUGGAAACAGCUUUUUUACUUCUUCUCCAACCUUAUAGUAUGGCAGGGGUCACUUGGACUGGUAUCUGACCCAGACAGGAAUACAAUGUAUGGCAACUUCUGCGGUCUCCUUUUUUCUAAAGGGGAGAGAAGCUGUUUCAACCAAGCUUUUCCAUUGAGCCUUAGGUAUUGUAUAUUUUUAAAUGGUGCAUUUACCAUUGUAUGUAAAUGUAUAUAGUAUGCAAUAUAGUAUUUUAUUCCAUGUGCCCUAAGGAAGGGCUAACCUUGUGCAACCAAAAAGAGGAACAGAAAUAGAAACCCAUCUCCCCCGUUAGAACAGAGGAGAGCCCCACUUCCUGCACUGGAUUCAUGUAUAGUGUCAUUCACAUUGAAUGAUGAUAAUGGAGAAAUUCUUGGCUCUCGAAGCUGAGCACAAGUGUCUGAAUAAAGGUUAGAAGUAGCAUUCAGUGGAUUCAAUAAAUGUACCACUUAUUUUCUAUGA